CGGAUUCUGCCGAGGGGCCGCAACAGCUGACCGCCGAGCUCCCUGCCCGCCGCCUCCACGAACAAAGACAGGAGGACAGAGCCGUUCCCAUUACAAUUCGUAGCUCUUUUUUUUCUUAUUUUUUUUCCAAACGUCGUACAAUACGCAGGGCGCAGCGAGGACGCGAGAUGAGGCACGCAGUCACAACGGCACAAAACGUGGAGAAUAAUCCGAUCGCAGUGACAGAUUUGUUAAAGAUAUGCACCCAUUGUGAACGGCUGAGCAAAAAGGACUUGGGAGUGAGGAUCCCAAGACCUCUAGGUAACGGACCAAGCAGAUUUAUCCCCGAAAAAGAGAUUCUUCAAGUCAGUAAAGUGGACACCAGGACGCAGUCGAUAUUCGAGGAUGCGUUUGCAGCCCUCGGCCGCCUGGACAACAUUUCCCUGGUGAUGGGCUUCCACCCGCAGUACCUGGAGAGCUUUCUCCGGACGCAGCACUACCUGUUGCAGAUGGACGGCCCGCUGUCCCUGCACUACAGACACUAUAUCGGCAUCAUGGCGGCGGCCAGACAUCAGUGCUCCUACCUGGUCAACCUGCACGUGAACGACUUCCUCCAGGUGGGGGGGGACCCCAAGUGGCUGAACGGGCUGGACGAGGCCCCGCACAAGCUGCAGCAGCUGGGGGAGCUCAACAAAAUCCUGGCACACCGCCCUUGGCUCCUCACCAAGGAACACAUUGAGCAGCUCCUGAAGGCGGAGGAGCACAGCUGGUCGCUGGCCGAGCUGAUCCACGCCGUGGUCCUGCUCACGCACUACCACUCCCUGGCCUCCUUCACCUUCGGCUGCGGGAUCACGCCCGAGAUCCACUGCGAGGGCGGCCACACCUUCAGGCCCCCCUCCCUCAGCCAGUACUGCGUGUGCGACAUCGCCAACGGCAACAGCCACGCCAAUCACCACGACGACCUGCUGGGCGACCAGGACAUGUGCGGUGAGGUGGAGGUGCUGAUGGAGCGCAUGAAGCAGCUGCAGGAGUGCCGGGACGACGAGGAGGCCAGCCAGGAGGAGAUGGCCACGCGCUUCGAGAGGGAGAAGACGGAGAGCAUGCUGGUGGCCGACGAGGACGAGGAGUGCGUCCCCUCCAGGGACGUGUCCCGCCACUUCGAGGACCCCAGCUACGGCUACAAGGACUUCUCCAGGAGGGGGGAGCACGUGCCCACCUUCAGAGCGCAGGACUACAGCUGGGAGGACCACGGCUACUCCCUGGUCAACCGGCUCUAUCCGGACGUGGGCCAGAUGCUGGACGAGAAGUUUCAGAUGGCCUACAACCUGACCUACAACACCAUGGCCACGCACAAGGACGUGGACACCAGCAUGCUGCGCCGGGCCAUCUGGAACUACAUCCACUGCAUGUUCGGCAUCAGGUCAGUCUGCGGACGGAGGUCCGGCUCCACCGACCCCGCCCCUCCCAGCGUGCCCGUCCCUGACCCCCCCCCCCCCCCGCCUGCUGUGCUCCGCAGGUAUGACGACUACGACUACGGGGAGAUCAAUCAGCUCCUGGACCGCAGCUUUAAGAUCUACAUCAAGACCAUGGUGUGCAGCCCUGAGAAGACCACCAAACGAAUGUAUGAGAGCUUCUGGAGGCAGUUCCAGCACUCCGAGAAGGUCCACGUUAAUCUGCUUCUUAUGGAAGCACGAAUGCAGGCAGAACUGUUAUACGCUCUGAGAGCGAUCACCCGCUACAUGACAUGAAGUGCUUUCGGCGUUUUGUAUCGUUGUCCUUUUACUGUCAUUGUUGUUGCUUAUUAUGGGACACUUUAAAAAGAAAAAGAAAAAAAGUCGGCGCGGGCGGUGGGGGGUUCACCAAAAAAAAACAAGAAGUGCAAAACAGUCCUGGGUGGUGAAUGCAGUUGGACACGGAGAAGAGGAUCAGAACAAAUGGAAAAGAAAAAAGAAAGAAGCAGAUUCUUGUUACAGGGGAGUCGUCUGGGUCUUCAGGAGGAGACCCGCACGGGGUUGCCUGUAGUGCCAAAAGCCACCAAGGGAGGGCAGCCUGGAGCAGACUCCUGCCCCGCCAGGGGGGGCUGAGCCGGACCCCACACCGCCCACCCCCAGGACUACAGCUCAGUAUUCCAGCAUGCAAGAUGAUGCUGGCUGCCAAGCUCACCUGACAGAGUGAGAACCCAGAACCCCCCCCCCCCCCCAUUAAAAAAAAAAAAAGAAAAGAGAGAGAGACGGAGCAGUGCAGCCAGAAAACGCCUGCACUUUGAUUCUGUUUUUCACUGUUCUGUUUGUUUAGGUUCUUUAAAUGACUCUUCAUUUGGUUUUGUAUCGCGUUCAGUGGAUGUUGUGCAUGUGCAAACUGGAGAUGGACGCAUUAACUACGGGCAGUGUUUGUUUUUUUUUACCAGUGCCUGAACUAUCCAGCACAGCGUGCGUACGUGCUGGUGCUGCUGCUCCCGUGUUGUAUUUUAGGGGGAUCAUAUUGAUUCCCAAUCACCCCCUUACCAACCCCCAACCCCCUUACUGUAGCCCCUGUCCAUUAGAAAUCCACUGCAUUACCCCCCUGACCUUCCUGUCUCCUCCUUGCGUCCCAAUUCUCAAAUGUCAAAGUAAGCUAACCCUAGGAGUGUGAAAACCAGAGAUGUGGAGAAAAACAGCUCAAAAAAACACUGUCUGAGCCCUUUUUUUGAGUUUGAUUGUACGUGUGUAAGUGAGUUUUGUGUUCACAAUAACUGAGGCGUGGAUGUUUGUGUGCGUUUCAUAGAAAUGGUGGCGAGAAAAGUACAUUUUUGGCAUAUUUUCUCGUGUCCAGGAAAAACUAAAAAAAGCGAGGCACUCUGAAGGAAAGCCUUCUUGCUUCUGCUGUAGUUCUGUUUUUGUGAGAUAGCUGUUUGUCCUUUGUUGAUGAUGUCUUUAUUUUUCUGGUAAUGGGGGAGGGGGGGUGGGGGGGGGGGAGCUAUUCAAAACGAAAGUUUAGAAACCAGGUUUUCCAGGAGGGAUUUGCUUCUGGUGGCCCUAACCACACCGUAUCUUGUCUUCCGCUUAUCCCGGCCGCCUGGUGGCCCUAACACUUUCAGAGCUUUGGAUUGUGAAUUUUACCAGUAAAUGAAUACCUCUUCUGUCUUUCUUUAUGAAACCUAUAAGAAGUGCUCUUUGGUGAGCAGAGACUCUUUCUCGGCCCCUGUGGGCCCUCCCAGGGCCGCUUGCGAUCGACAGUCUUCGAGCGCAAAAGGUUGUAGCUGUGCUUAUUUCCCUGCUGGGGAAGUCUAACCAGUGCAUAAGCAGCUUUUUUUUUUCUUUUCUUUUUUAUGCAGAGGUGUUACACCUCUGUGUUGUGUUUUUUUUUUCUUGUUCUUUUUUUUUGUUUACUAAAAAUCAGUAAAGUACAGCAUUCUUCUGGGGUUGGACUGAAAAUCAGACAGACGAAUGAUUGAUACCCAGAUUACAAGGAGCAGGAGGACGGUUUUGUCGAAAAAGGAAUGGUACAUUUGGAAGUGGUUUGAGAGGAAGUGGAGGUU